AUGCUGCUGUCUCCUCAGGCAGAGAGGAACUGGGAGGGCCUGUGUUCAGUGCUUGAAGACGUGUUGGAGGACCAGUCGGACAGGCAGCUGUUCGCCCUGGAGCUGGGCUCUGGAACCGGGCAGCAUGUCAUACGCUUUGCCCAGAAGAUGCCCUUUGUCACCUGGCAGCCAUCGGACAUUAAGGAGGAGUCUCGAGACAGUAUCAAGGCCUACAUUGAUGCGACCCAUGCCAAGACCAUUCUGCAGCCUGUCCACCUGGACGCCAGCGAACCGUGGGAGAAAUGGGCCGGCGUUCCCCGCAGCUGCUGUGACCUUGUUGUUGCCAUUAACCUGCUGCAGUACAGCUCCUUCAAAACAGCACAGGGUGUUUUUAGUGGAGCAGGUCAGAUCCUCAAACUAAAUGGCCUUCUGAUAUCUUAUGGGGCAUAUGCUAUUAAUGGCACCAUCACACCGAGCUGUAACGAACAACUGGAUGAGGAGAUUCGAAAAAUGAAUCCAGAGUGGGGUCUUCCAGAUAUGGAUGUUCUGAGACAGCUGGCCUAUGGGAACGGGAUGCGUAUGGAGAGGAUUAUCGAGAUGGAAGAAUACUACAAAUGCCUCAUCUUCAGAAAAAUUUAA